CCCGAUGACUCUCGGUAACGCCCACCCUGCUCUUUCGUUCACAUUGGCGAACGGCACCUGAGGGGCGUAUCCAACUAGCAGUCCCCGCCCCCGACGCGCCUAUACAAGAGGACGGUUCCGCGCGCGCCUGCCUAGUAGGAGCCGGACCUCCGGGCGGGAGUCGCUCUCUGCGCUGGGAUCGCCGCGGGAGUAAGAUGAACGGGACCCGGAACUGGUGUACUCUGGUGGACGUGCACCCGGAGGAGCAGACCGCGGGGAGCGUGGACAUUCUCAGGCUGACUCUGCAGAGUGAACUGACAGGAGACGAACUUGAACACAUAGCCCAGCAGGCAGGUACAAGGACCUUUGCCAUGGUGUCUGGCCGCUCAACCAGUCAUUCGCUGGCAUCAGAAUUGGUGGAGUCCAAUGAUGGACACGAGGAGAUCCUUAAGGUGUACCUGAAGGGGAGGUCUGGAGAGAAGAUGAUCCAUGAGAAGAAUAUCAACCAGCUGAAGAGUGAGGUGCAGUACAUCCAGGAGGCCCGGAACUGCCUGCAGAGGCUGCGGGAGGACAUAAGCAGCAAGCUUGACAGACAUCCAGGGGACCCCGUCCACGGACAGGAGAUACAGACAGGGCUGGAAAAGCCAAAUGGAUUAAAUCCAAGCCCCACGGCACUGUACAGCAGCCCACCUGAGGGAAGUGAGGUUGACACCUGUGUGAAUGAAGAUGUCGAGAGCCUGAGGAAGACCGUGCGGGACUUGCUUGUCAAGCUGCAGGAGGCUGAGCAGCGGCACCAGUCAGACCGUGUGGCUUUUGAGGUCACACUCAGCCAGUACCAGAGAGAAGCAGAACAGAACCAAGUGGCCCUUCAGAGAGCCAAGGACAGAGUGCGGCAGAAGGAGGCAGAUGUUGGGGAGCUGCAGACGCGCUUGCUAGGCAUGCAGGAGGAGCACCAGGCCUUACUGGUGAAGCUUAGGGAAGGGGAGACGGCCUUGGAGGAACUUCAGAUCAAGAGCACAGACUGCCAAGCAGAACGAGAAAAGGUGGCUCACCUGGAGAAGGAGGUGGCCGGCUUGCGGGAGAAGAUCCACCACUUGGAUGACAUGCUCAAGAGCCAGCAGCGGAAAGUCCGGCAGAUGAUAGAGCAGCUCCAGAAUUCAAAAGCUGUGGUCCAGUCGAAGGACAACACCAUCCAGGAGCUCAAGGAGAAAAUCGCCUACCUGGAGGCAGAGAAUUUAGAGAUGCAUGACCGGAUGGAGCACCUGAUCGAAAAGCAGGUCAGUCAUGGCAACUUCAGCACCCAGACCUGGGCCAAGACGGAGAGCCCGGGCAGCGUGAGGAUAUCCAAGCCCCCCAGCAAGCCCAUGCCCCUUAUCCGAGUGGUGGAAACAUGAGCAGAAGGAGCUGGACACUGCCAUCGCUGUUGCCUCUCACCUGCGGACAAGCCCACCUCCCCUGUAGGCUGUCAGGCCCAACCUUGACUUCCUGACUGACCCCCGGCUGCACUCGAGGCUUGGGGCUGGCUCAUGUGUCCUGUUGUUUCUAAACUCCUGACCCCUGGAUGCUGGGUGGACCUAGGAUAAGCACCUCUUCGGGACCCUGCAGCCCCUUGGAGGACGUCCGCUGGCCUGUGGGCGAGAGCCAGGGCAGUGUCCUUAUUCCUGUAUUUAUGAUGUCUCUGCAGCAGGACCUCUCUGCUCUCGUAGACGGGGGUCGGCUGGCCCUGGAGUCCAGGCCCUCACUGGCUCAGGGGAGUGACCAGAUGUGUCUCAGCCCUCCAAGCCGGAGGCACCGAUGUCACCGAGACUGGAGGGGGGUCCGGGGGAGUGCGGUUCCCUCUGCAAACACGGCUCCAUUCUUAGCAACACACUGGUGGUUUCUCUCUUCAGCCCCUGCUGGCCCGGGCCUCCUACAGACGCACACGGGUGGCCUGUCACGGCCCAGGCAGAGUCCGCGAGCCUCAUCUUCCUGGGAGAAGGAAAUGUACAUUCCGGGAGUGGCUUUUAGUGUAAAGAUUCUGUAGGACCGCAGAGAGCUGCAAGUGACGUCUGUCUGCUGGGAAGAUGUCCAGCAUGUCUUAGGGUUUCUCCCGAAGGCGCCAGGCAAGGGUGACCUCUGCCUUCUGGGCUCAGGAGCCUACAAACUGUGUUCACUGGGUUAUAUCCAUCUCAGCGAAACUCUUAUUGUAUUUAUUUUGCUAAGUUAUUGGUGUUUUUCUCUUUACAUCUCACAAUUGAUUUAAUACCAGAGGUUCACAGCCUUCUCUUGCAGUGUUUGGAUUUGUUCCAUGCUGGGAAGAAUGUGUUCCCCCUGGCCUUGUUAGUUUCAGAAUGACAUCUUGUCCUCUUUCUUCUUCUACCUGCUUCUUUCCCUUCUUCCUCCAAACAUGAUCCGAAUCUCAGAAAGGCAAGUGAGUUUGCUCUAAGGCGUUAAGAGUCUUGUGCCUGCCGCUUGGGAGAAAGGGUGGGAGAAAGGGUGAUCAGAACUCUUUUGGGGGAGGGAUUGAAUUAUUCCCCUAAAAACCCUCUGAAUCCUCUGCUCCACAGUUGGUCCAUUUGCCUGGCCCUGAGUGACCCUGACACUCACCGUAUCUUCCUCAUGGCUCUUCCCGCAGCCUCACGAGGGAGCUGGUGCUUUGGGCACAGAAACAUGAAUGAUAACCAUGGACCAAGUCUUUAGGUUCGACCUGGCCCCAACCCAGAAGCCUGGGCUCCUGUGUGUUUCUGCGCAUCAGGACCAGGCCGGUGUCCUGGCGCCGUGCACGUGUUCUCACUCUCCUCAGGUGUAAAACUGAGGGGGGUCAGAUCAGGUGGGCUCUGUGGGCCCGUCCAGUUCUGACGUUUCCUUCCCAUACGGCAUAUGCUUUGUUUGGCGGAUUUAAUAAAAUGUGUUCAUGUGUCUCUUAGA